GGAACGAGAUGAGCAGCGCCGGAGCCGCUGCAAGAUGCUGGAUGGACACGUCCUGCUGGGAUGGCUCUCCUCCUGCGCGCUUCUAGGGCUGCUAGCCUGCACCCCGCGGCCCUCCGCCGCCUACUUCGGGCUGACGGGCAACGAACCCCUGACCAUCCUCCCUCUGACCUCAGAAAUGGAGGAAGCCGCCGUCAAAGCCCACUACAAAGUCUGUGACCGCCUGAAGCUGGAGAAGAAGCAGCGCAGGAUGUGCCGGCGGGACCCCGGCGUGGCAGAGACCCUGAUGGAGGCCAUCAGUAUGAGUGCACUGGAGUGCCAGUACCAGUUUCGCUUUGAGCGUUGGAAUUGCACCCUGGAGGGCCGCUACCGGGCCAGCUUGCUAAAGAGAGGUUUCAAGGAGACGGCCUUCCUUUAUGCCAUUUCCUCUGCAGGGCUGACACAUGCUAUGGCCAAAGCGUGCAGCGCGGGCCGGAUGGAGCGCUGCACCUGCGACGAGGCUCCUGACCUGGAGAACCGCGAGGCCUGGCAGUGGGGUGGCUGCGGUGACAACCUGAAAUACAGCAACAAGUUCGUCAAGGAGUUCUUGGGGAGGAAGCCCAACAAGGACCUGAGAGCCAGGGUGGAUUUCCACAAUAACCUCGUGGGCAUGAAGGUCAUCAAAGCUGGUGUGGAGACAACCUGUAAGUGCCACGGUGUGUCUGGGUCCUGCACCGUCCGAACGUGCUGGAGGCAGCUCUCUCCAUUCCACGAAAUAGGGAAGCAGCUGAAGCAGAAGUACGAGACGUCGCUCAAAGUGGGCAGCACUACCAACGAGGCCACGGGGGAAGGAGACAUUUCCCCACCUAAGAAAUCCAUCCCCGGUCACAGUGAUCAAAUCCCAAGGACUACGGAUCUUGUCUACAUUGACGAUUCCCCAAGCUUUUGUCUGAUGAGCAGAUACUCGCCUGGGACAUCGGGAAGGAAAUGUUACAAAGACAAGAACUGUGACAGCAUCUGCUGUGGGCGAGGGCACAAUACGCAGAGCAGGGUGGUCACCCGGCCGUGCCAGUGCCAGGUCCGUUGGUGCUGCUAUGUGGAAUGCAAGCAAUGCACCCAGAGAGAGGAGGUUUACACCUGUAAAGACUGACACAUCUUCUGCCUGAUGGCAACCCUCGGCGGCGGGCGGUCACGAUCUAUGAGAACUACAUAUGGAGACAAACAGGGUUUGAUUGACCUUCUGGGAUCUGAAAGCUAUGUUGAGACAUAAGCACUUUGUAGGGUACAGGUGACCCAGCUGUGUUGCUGUUUUCUUUUUGUUUUGUUUUGUUUUUUUUUUUCCUGUAGACUGAAUUCUAAUGAGGUCCAACCAUGUGGAAAUAAGUGCCUGUCACACUGGGGCUAGACACCAGUUGACCUUUACCUUCAUCGUCCAUGCAAUUGGAUGGAUCAUUUCUCCUUGGAACAUCAUGAUUGUUUCAUCAGUCCUCCAUGAACUUCUGAGCUGAUAGAUUUUUUUUCUGGAAUAAUUAACCUAUAUUGCUUUAUUCCUGAAGC